GUAUUAUAAGUUCCGUGUUUGUCGUACUGCUUUGUACCAGAGAGAUAUUUUCAUCUUGCCCAAGUGGUUCCACAGCAUUUUCUGGUCGGUGUUUCGUUGCAGGAAAAAGUACAGUGAAAUUUACGCAUGCAUACAAUUAUUGCAUUGCGCUCGGCUGCAAGAUGGCUGUGCCUAGUGCGGCCUUAAAAACACAAAUUCAAGGUUUCGCAUCUCAGACUGGCGUGCAAAGUAAUGUAGCUUUUGGUGUCAUGGAUACACUGGAGGAGGGUCAGUUUAUUGAAGCGCCCACUGGGGAACUUUUCACUGACUUAGAUUGGCAGAGUGGUAAACCGACCGGAAGUACUUCCAACAACUGUAUUAGAAUGCAGAGUGUUAGUACCUGGAAGAUGGAAGACGUCAGUUGCACAAGUUCGAAUAACUUCAUUUGUGACUGUGGUGACGAAAGCACCUAAGUGGAAAAUUGAAAGUGCGAUAGAGCGAUGGCGUAUGGCCAAAGAAAAUGAAACAUAUUACAUCAAAUGAAAGAAAUUAUAACAAUUAUAGGUAAUAAAAAAAUA